CUUCAUUCAGCCCGUCCUCCUCCAGUCAUCAUCCAUCCCCAUUCCGGCGGUUUUCUUAAAAGAAAAUCCCCAUCCCGGCGGCCGUUGGACGACAGCGUCAGGUCGACCUUCGACGGCGAGAGCAUGCAGCAGUCACGCGCAUGGUCGUCCCUUGCCCGCGGCUUAGCGCGCCGCCUCGCCGGAGGAGCGCCGUCAGCUCCGAUUCCUCCUCUCCAGUCCUCGGGAAUCUCCACCGGCUCGGCCUGUCUGCUCGCCCGCCAGGACGGAGGUUUUGUUCAUGGUGGGUUCAUGGAUUCCAUUCGUAUUGGUGGUGUUGUGAUACCUAACCACAAGAGGGUGGAGUACGCGCUGCAAUCCAUCCAUGGCAUUGGCCGGGCACGCGCCCGUCAGAUCCUUUCAGAGCUCAAUUUGGAGAACAAGGUCACCAAAGACCUCUCCAAGGAGGAGAUCAUCACCCUCCGUGAGGGGAUCGCAAAGUACAUGAUUGAAACAGACCUAAGACGGUUUAAGAGUGCGGCGGUCGAGAGAUUGGAAGGGAUUAGAUGCUACAGGGGCAUCCGGCACGCGGAUGCUCUCCCGGUACGUGGCCAGAGAACAAAGACCAAUGGCAGGACUCGCAAGGAAAAGAGGGCUUGACUUGCCAACAAGUCGUUCAAGACCCUCCCAGGAAUAAUUAGUCAUGCUCCCAUUAUUUGUACCGCAUUACCGCGCUACUGUUAAUCAACAGUUAAUCCGAUUAUAAAUGCUAGGUGUCUCCCAGCCGGCCUCUGCUGGACUUUCUGAACUUUCAAAAAAAAUUAACUAGUUUGGUUUGGUUAAAUUCAGUUUAAUGUUUUAUGUGCUUCUACAUCUAUGAUGAUUCUGUCGCACAGUUUAUUUCUUUCUUAUUCAGCUAUUUCCUACUCCUAUAUGUGAUACACGUUCUUUUUAGUGCUGAAAAGUGAAAAUAAAGCAUCUCAAUGCCAAUAUCGGAUAUUUUUUAUUC